ACCUCAUCUCCUGUAAACAUCGCAUUCACCUCCGGCUGCAGCAGCGAAGGAAGCUCACUCGGCUCCGGGGGAGGCGACCUCUUACUUCGUUUGUAGUAAAUAUAAAGUCGAAGGAACAUGGCUCGGAUUUAUGAAUGAGAGCAUGAAUAUCGCUACAUGUGUCGAGGAAAUAUACGUAGCGCCUGGUUUGUUGACCAGAAAGUAACGACUGCCCUAAUCUGCACACGCAAACACGCCAAGGUCCGAAGAAAAACAAGUAACGUAGCGUAAAUUCUGCGAAGUGAGUGGAGCUUCUUUUUUUAAGGUAUUUUCGCGUCUUUAGUGCUAGUUCUCCGCACAGAAAUGGACCGAGGUGGCUGCCAGAUGAGUGGUGGCGGGGGUGGUGGUGGUGACAGCAGCGGGCCCGACAACAGCGGGAUGAUCACCCUGGAGGACCUGGAGUCUCUCUCGGAAGACCAACUGUCAGACUCGGGGAACGGCAGCCUGGAAGAGAGAGAAACCAUGCAGGAGGAGGAAGAGUCCGGCCGACUGCUGCAUUACUGGCAGGACGUCGCGAGGGGACACCAGGUGGAAGUAGCACCAGAAAUGGCAGAGCCAAUUCAACAGCUAACCACCAACAACCAAGGACACAGCAGCAGAGAACACGUCCCUUUCACUAUGCUCGGACGCAAAGAAAAGUGUGGGGAGCUGCAGUACGAGAAACGCCAGUACGAGAAGGGCCACUGGGCUUGUACAACGAUGCGUGAGGAAACUUAUGAACAGAGCAUCUGCUAUGGUUUUAUGAAGAUUAUGAGAUACAUCUGCCAGCAGAACUCCUUGGAAGGCUACCUGGGCAUGACGCUGCCCAUCGUCACAGUGGUGACCACAGAUGAGAGUCAUUCUACGAUCUCCAAUGACGUCAGGGUGGCGUAUUGUCUUCCCACUGAGCAUCAGGCCCAGCCGCCACAACCCAAUGACACCGACAUCACUAUAGAGAUCUGGCCCGCCGCUACUGUAUACUCAAGGCCCUUCACUGGUCCCACCAAUGAAGUGACCAUCAUUCAGCAGAUCAAUGCCAUGGCUGAGCAGCUAGAGCCCGCUGGCGAGUGCGUCAACGACUCCUUCAUGGUGGCCGGCUACACUAACCCUGCUCACGUCAACCGCCAGAACGAGAUCUGGUUCCUAGAGCGGCCCUGAGGGACGAGAGAAGAUUAAGCAUCAUUCUUAUCUGUGACCCUUGAGCCUCAUAAAGACUCCCUUAACACUGCCGCAGCUCAGCUACAGCCUCAGGUGAGGUGCAACCCAGUGUUUAGUCGCCACCUCUACCUGAAACGACCACCAGCCCAGCACACUCCAGACCAGUUGGGGCCAUAAAAAAAAAAAACUCAGCCCUUAUUCUACCCUCAGUGAAUUUUCCAUGUUCAUUUAGAUAGAUCCGUAUUCCACCCAUUAGACCUCAACCAAACCACUGCCAUACCCUUCAUGGACACAACACAGAUAUGAAAGUGCAGUAUAGCACUCGCUCUUACAUUGAGGUGGCAAAUAACUUUUCCUAAGCACAGUGCCCUGUAGUUGAAAUAGUUUUAACUCUUAAGCGCUGUGUGAACACAUGCAACGGCCUGUCUUUCCACAGCGGAGGCAGGUUCCCAGAGGACAUGCAGCCUUAUCACGCUCCCUUUCUGUUAGUUGCACGGCUACAAUGUCUUGUCAUGUGGGCUGAAAGUCAAUGCACAACAAACACAAACAGACGUGUUUCCCUGUCAUUCUCUAGCUAGCUGAGGUGAUUUCAACUCUAUCACUGUUUAUUUGCCGUUUCCUUUAUCUCUUGACUACAUGAUUCACAACAAUGUGAUGCCAGUCACACUGAUAUGCUAUAUUGUUUUAGUAGUAAGUGCAAUAUAUAAAAAAAUAAAGUUAUGAGAGUUGCUGAGGCACUUAACCUAACCCAAUGUAUGGUUCAAUUAAGCCGCUGACAACACAACCACUUUAAAUAAGCUCAACACAACAGGAAACACUAAUGAAAACGCACACUAUGUGUUUGUUUGAGCAUGAAUGUACAGCUAUAUGGAGGGUAACAACUAAUGACACAUUUCUAUAAACCAAACACUGAAAAACUCACUGAUUUUACAGCUGAAUGACAAUCAAAGUAUUAAUACAUCCUUCUCUCGCAAGAAAAUGAUGCAAGUAAAUGCGUUCCUUGUUUCAAAUCUAUUCACACAUAAAAUAGUUACUGUGUGCCUCUUAUGCUCUUUCUACUUGCUACUAUGUGUCAAUGUUAGUGCAAACACCACUGCUGCUGAGUAGAGACAAUGCAACUAAGAAAAGACGAGUGAAGAGAAUAUCUUUACUGCGAUUAUACACUUUAUGUUACAUAGAAGCUACAUUCUGUUUUAGUUCAAACUGUUUAAUGUUCUAUCACCAAUCUAAUGAGAGUAUAUAAAGACGCAGUGAAUUAAGUAUAUAUAUGUUUAUCUUCAAUAUAUUUGUAAUUAAAAACUAAUGCAAUCCAACACAAAGUCAUACACAUCAAACCAGCUACACCUAGAGUUCACAGUAAUAUAGAAAUGUUUCUGCUUAGGAACUUAACAUUUAGUGCUUGGGUGCCAGUGAAAUCAAACUGGAAGUGAACUAGCCAAAUCAUCACUGUGUGAUUCACCAGGACAGGGGCAUCCUACGAAAUGCUUCUGCGGUCAGUUAUUGAGGCCUAAUAAUUGUGUGUAAAAUUAAAAAGUGAAAUUCAGCUCAAAUUGUGAGCAGGUUUGUUUCAUUGUAUUUAAUCCACAUAACAAAGAUAUUAAGAAAGUUAGUUUUGGGUUGGAAAGGUUGCCCAGUCUUAAAGUCAGGCAGUUUUGGUUGACAUCAAGAUAUCCAAAUCCAAAUAAUUGAUUUUGCAUUAAAUGAUUGUAGAGUUGACUUGCAAAGCCAUUAUUCAUGUGCGUGGGGUUUCCCUUUAAGAGCCUGGUUAUAUGGGAACAUCAAAUGUGAGUUUUUCCUUUCUUUUUGCUUAUUGUUUUAGUGUUUUGCAAAAGUGUCCUGUACUGUGAAAAUUCAAGUGCAACAGCAAGAGCUACUGUGGUUUUCUUUGUUCAAUAAAAACAUACUUGUCUCCUG